CCCAUGCCGCGCGAAUUGAUCACGAUCCAAGUUGGGCAAUGCGGGAACCAAAUUGGCCGCCAGUUCUGGAAGAUGGCGUUGGACGAACAUGCCCAUCACGCAAAGGAUGCGACGUUUGACGAGAGUAUGAGCACGUUCUUUCGCAAUGUCGACAAACAAGGACACGAGUUGCCAGUUCACGAGGCCAUUGCGUCACUACGCGCCCGUGCUAUCCUCGUUGACAUGGAAGAGGGUCCAGUCAGCGAGACAUUGAAGGGCCCUCUUGGCGAAUUGUUUGACAGCUCCCAAUUUGUCACAGAUGUGUCGGGCUCGGGAAAUAAUUGGGCUCACGGACAUGCCAUGUACGGCCCUCAGUACAAGGAACAACUAUUGGAAAAGCUUCGACACGCCACAGAGCUCUGUGAUUCGCUGCAGUCAUUCUUUGUCUUGCAUUCGAUGGGUGGCGGGACCGGGUCCGGGCUUGGCACGUACAUCCUGGGGCUACUGGAGGACCACUACCCCGACGCCUUUCGAUUUACAACAGCUAUCUUCCCAUCGGCGGACGACGACGUUAUCACGUCUCCCUACAACAGCAUGCUGGCGCUGCGGGAGCUGACGGACCACGCAGAUUGCGUCUUGCCCAUUGAAAACGAAGCGCUUUACGACAUGCUCGAGAAGCAACCUCCGCAGUCCGCCCCGAAAGAGACUGCGUUCGACAAGAUGAACGCCAUCGUGGCGCGGACCCUGACCCACCUCACGAGCAGCAUGCGCUUCGACGGAUCCCUCAACGUCGACUUGAACGAGAUCACGACCAACUUGGUCCCGUUUCCAAAACUGCACUACCUCUUGUCCAGCGUCGCGCCACUCUGGCCAGACAAGCUGCCACGACGGGUGAAUCAAAUGUUCGUCGAUGCUUUUCAAAGAGACUACCAACUGAUCAAAACCAACCCAAAAGGCGGAACCAUGCUCGCGUGCGGCCUCUUGCUCCGCGGCAAUGUCCAAGUGUCGGAUAUCCAAGCCAACAUCCAGCGGAUCCAGUCCGAGCUUCGCAUGAUUCCGUGGAAUGUCGAUGGCUUCAAGGUCGGGCUGUGCUCCGUCCCCGCUCUCGGCCACCCCGUGUCGCUUCUCACCCUUUCCAACAAUAGCUGCAUCGUCGACACAUUUGAGCGCAUGCAGAUGCGGUUCCAAAAACUGUUCAAGCGAAAAGCCCAUGUCCACCACUAUCUCGACUACAUGGACGCGUCGCUUUUCGACGAAGCGCUCGAGAACGCUCGGUGGCUCAUUGGGGAAUACCACAAACUCCACGACACGGUCGACAUGUCCGUGGUCAGCCGGCCCAAGCCACUCUUUUGACCCACCGGUCCAGGAUUCAUUCAAAUCUCAUCAAGAAAAGACAGUCGACACGAGAUGCGUUCGAUUGUACGGUUUGCUUUAUUCCAAGUCGGCGAUUUUCCAUCGGCAAUGGCGGCCGGCCGAGUAGAUCUCGACGAGGGUUUUGUCAAACUCGUUGGUCGCGACGAGCUCCAAGUAUUUGUUGUGCAAGCGGAGGGCGGCGCGGGCAUCUUCGAUCGAGUCGUGUGUGUCCAGCUGAAUCUCGGCCUUCAAGAGGUACGCGCAGAGGAAUCGGAGCGCAAUCUUGCGCAUGUUGGGCUGCUGGUACAGCUCGACCGUGUCGAUGAUCUGCGCACAAAAACCCUUGUUGAGAAAGUAAACGAACCGCGGCGGCCACAGAACCUGGUUGGGCG